AUGUCAAAUUACUCGGAAAUAAAGAAAAUAGACGAGGAAUCUUUGCAGAAACUGACGGAAGGUGAAGGGCCGGCUGACGAAUGCCUCUGCGAUUUACUCUCGCCUCCACUUCAGAAGAAAACUUUCGCAAGAUCAGUCAAAAAGGCUCUGACAGCGUUUGGAAAGGGAAAAAAAGCUAGUAGAGUAUCAAACAUGAUGGAGGAUAUUAAGGAAUCAGGCUUCUUUUCAACAAGAGAGGUUAUAAAAAAGCAGAAGUCUUGCGGCAAAUGCGGCUGUGAUGACGAAAAUAUAGUCUUGAAGCAUACAUACGCCAACAUACGAAUAACAAGUCCGGAUAUAUCGUCUGUCUGUCCCUGCCCUUCAAACUGUUUACCUGUGAAAAGUCCGUCUUUAUCGAAUAUUAAUUGUGAUAAAAUCAUCGAAAAUCUUCCUGGCUGCUAUGAAUGCUACCUGUGUGAUGAACCUAAAGUGGACUUUAAAAAGAAACAAGGAUCUACCAUCCAUAAUUUGACGGAGAGUUACAGUAGAUGUGGUCUCAGCAAUCCUGAAGGAGAUCCUGUCAAAGUAAGGAAUCGUCUUCGGGAAGUUUUGGAUGGACAAUAUCCAUGGAGAGCCUGGGUUUACAGCAAAUCCGACCGACACCGUCCGAUAUGUGCUGCCACGUACAUCAAUUACGACGACGCAGCGCUUCUAACGCCAGCAUUCUGCUUACACAACAAGGACCCUGAAUCACUGAUGGUACGCUUCAACAGAAAUGGAGACGAUCACUAUGUUAGAAGCAUUUCUGUACACCCAGAGUAUAAUAACGCUACCCAUGAGAAUGACAUAGCGCUUCUAAAUCUUCGCAUGAAAACCUCCAUCACGUGGCCAGCGCCUGUUUGCUUACCAAAAGUCCACCUUCCCUUCGCUUCAACAUGUGUCGGUGUUUCUGAUGAUAAUAAUUUUAUAAACUUCGUCGUUCCAAAAAAGUCUUUGUGUAAUGAAACUGAUCCUAAGUUACCCAACUCCUUGAUGUGUGCGGUCGCACCAAGAGGAGAUUACAAGCAAGAAUAUGGCAGUGGACUUAUCUGCUUAAAUGAUAAUGUCAAGGAACCUUCGUACACGGUGUACGGCAUCAUGCUCCAGAGAUCCGGUGACUCAAUAUCACUUUACACCAACAUAAGUCACUUCAGUAGCUGGAUAGAAGACAAAAUAACGAGCUCCAUAAGCUGGUCUUGA